UUGCAAUAGGCUUAUUAGGAAGCAUAUCAACGCUGGCUGACAGCAAUAUUUUUCAUUCUCUGGUUGACUCUAUUGGGGAGUAGCCUUUCGCUCUGUGAGUAAGAACUGGCCAACCUUGUCGUGUGACCCUCCCUUAAGCAUGAAGCUGUGUAAGGGUACAGUCCAGAUCAAAACCAACCACCUCUUGAUCUUUGCUGUGUGUAUGAUAGUGUGGCAGCUGCUUCAUAUUUUGUCAUGCGGUAGGCUUCGAGGUGCUGUAACCAGCAAAGUUGUGAUCGAUUUACGAGGAAGUGACCACCAGAACGCUCUCAAAUUCAUUCAAGACAAUACAGACAUUGCUGAUGAAACGGUGGAUGAAGAGGAAAGUCUGGAGAAAAUGUACAUAGAAAGAUUAACCAAGGAACGGAAGACGGACAUACCCGAGGUAAAGGUCACCCGAGCCAGUAGCUGUAGAAAGGGACUGAACCCCGAAUACCCAUGUAUUGAUACAAACUGUGCCGGGCAGGUACACACAGUGAAUCAUACCAAUCUGAAAGAAUUCAUUGAAUCUCAGUACCAUGUACCUGAGGUGUACCUUGACGCCAUAAGUAAUAUGAGGAAGCGAACGCGUCACCAUAAAGUUGUGCUGGUCAGCGCAACAUCAGAUAACCAUUUCAUGGAAUCUCUUGUGUUCUUGAAGAAUGUGCAAGAGGUCAUGUUUCCUGCCAUGGCCAACAUCGAUUUCCAUUUUGUCAUGUACGACCUCGGAAUGACCUCCGAGCAACGGAGGAAUAUGGAAAAUCUUUGUCAGUGUGAAGUCAGGGAUUUUCCUUUUGAGUCGUUUCCCAAGCGUCUUCAGCGUCUGAAGUGUUACACGUGGAAGCCCAUUAUCAUCUCGGCGAACCUACCUGUAUCUGACAUCCUUCUGUGGGCGGACGCAUCCACUCGCUUUACAAACUCAAACAUGAUGCCGCUGUUAAAGCAGAUCCAAUCCAGUGGCGUCAUAAUGGCGAAAAUACUCCGCGCCCUCGGCCAACACUUCGCUCCUUCAAUUAUGGAAUAUUACGGAGAGCGUUCGUGCCAUUUUUCACCGUAUUGGGAAUUUGAGGCUAACUUUAUUGGAUUGGCAAAUGACCGUUUUGUAAGAGAAGCCAUCAUCGGUCCGUGGUUAUCCUGUGCCUUUGCUCCGGACUGUAUGUGUCCAGAUGGUUCACACAAAAUGUUGAAGUGUAAUGUUAAGGUAAGAGAGUAUAACAAGUGUCACAGGUUUGACCAAUCAAGUCUCAAUAUUAUUCUGAUAAAAUUGUUUCAAGACAAUAUGCAGAAAAUGACAAUGCCAAAGUCACUCUUUCAUGAAAUCAAACGAGGCGACAGACUGGACAAGUAUGUUGACGUGAAAGUCACCUAACUUUUUUCUCAAACACGUUUUGAGCUGCUUUGUAUAUAUUCUCUCGCAAUGUAAAUAAAUUGUAUUAUAGUCCGAUUUA